AGAGCUGAAACGUGCUACUCUCGGUGCGAGCUUGCGGCAGAGUUUUCUGGAGAUUGCCUCUCUCCAUGCGUACAUCAAGUUUUCACUUGUCAGGUGAAACGCUCUCAUCUUAUCGGCAAUAGAAACACACACCCUCAAAAAGAAAAAAAAGAUCGUAAUAGUAACAAAGAAGGGAUGCCACUGCGCUCAGCACUGUCUCAGCAUUAGCGAAUAAGAAAGAAAGUCACACACACACACACACACACUCCCGUGCGCACGCUCACGUACACCUUAUACGGACCGAUGCAAAAGCUCUCUGUAGGUUUCAGCGGUUUCUACUUUUCUUGUCCCUUUUUUCUGUUCUGUUUUCAACGUAGAUUCACAUUGUACAUCACUUCAGUUUACCUUCGUUUCGUUGCUAGUUAGAGUUUCUUCUACAUAUAUAUUGCACCCUUCUUUCUUGAACUUAAUGGACACCGCAGAGGAUCUGAGAUACCUUCCAGAGGCACGGACCCCAGAGCCGCAGCGAUUCAACUCGCACACGUUAGGCUGCUACCCCAGCACGACAGAUCCAGCACGCGUAGCGGCGCACGACAGCGGAAUCGGACGGGUAUCCACGUUAGAACACGCAGAGGAUGAAUAUGACGGGGAUGGGCCCCCCGGGUAUAGGGUGAAUGCACUCGCCGACUGCGGCCAGCACAAUAACACCGACGGUCCACACACACCACCCACCGUAUCUCGCCACAGCUGGCUGCAGCUUCACAGGCGGGACGACGGUCUUUUUGGGUCUGUCGGUGCGCCUCCCUUGCACCCCCACGGCGGCGAAGCCUUCUUUCAGCCCUCGCCCACUUCUUUUGCUCCGUCUGGUGACGGCAAUACGGAGCGGUACGGUGCUCGAUCUGCGUCGUUCCCGAUUGCAAAUCGAUCUGUGGCGCCUGCUCGCUAUUCAGUGGAAUUCAAUGUGGUGGGCGGUAGCGCUGGUGGCUCAGGUGGCCGCCACACCACUCUGCUGGGCGGUGUCGGCUUGAACGGUAGCGGUUUGCAAGACCCACUGGGAGCACGACCGUCUGCGCCUAUUUCUGCUGCUGCCGCUGCCUUCACGGUUGUCCGACCGACCAUACUGAUGCCCACAUCGACCUCUCCGUUUCGCAGAAGCAGGGAGCACUCGGCGGCCAAUAAUUUCACUCCGCACGGAGGCAAAGCACGCAGCCGAUAUUCUGACUCGUAUGUGGACCACCACAACACCCCAAGCACGCAUCCCCUUCCUGCCAGAGCGCACAUGGAGGCCUCGAGGCCGCAUCUCUCGCGCUUCUCUGGUGGAAGUAGCGGUGAAGGCCGCAGUCCCGGCGUGAAUGCCGGUAUCGGCCGCCCGACGACGCUGCGUUAUCCGGAUGCGGACCUCGGCGGUGUCUAUCAGCAGUGGUGCGAUGACGGCGACAACGAACUGUGGAUGGGCGGUGUGACGCAGGUGUGGCGCAGCUCCACGGAGCUCAGCGGCCCUGCCGUGGUCACCCAGCAUUGUGCGUUUGCGACUGCUAGCCUACAGGAUGAGGAGGAGACCGUGGCCGUGCCGGCGCUUCAGCAUCCCAGCACCGGAGGUCUCAGUGGACAACAAGGGUUUUCGCCGUCUCCUACGACAAGGUGUCAGCACCCGAUGUGGGUCUGCUCCGCCUCGCACGUCGACGCAUGCGGGCAGUCAGAUCACGCGGUGUUGUGGAGCGAGGAGGCGACAAACGCGGAGCGCGCGAAGGCACACAACGAGGACACCCAGCCGAAUUGCCUCCCAUCCGCCGUGAAAAACGCAUCUCUCACGGGCUUAGAAGAUGCGCCGCGCAAGAGCUACGUGCGCUCUACUGUAAACAGUCCGACACGUGGAGACGCAGAGAGGGACGUAAACGCUGGUGCUCCCGCCCACAGCGAGAACACGGCAUGUGGCGGAAAAGAAGAUUGUGGGUGCGUUCCAGCCGGCGACACCGUCCUGACGAAGCCGCAUUAUCGGCCGGGGGUGACCCUAGCAAUCUCAACCGAAGCAGUGCCAUUCUCCUCCAACGCUAAGCAGCAGCGUGACUGGCUUUAUGAAGACGAAUCUGUCGCUGUGGAAAGGAAAACGAGAGGAGAUAUGACCCCUCAAGGACGGCCAUUUGUGUCACGUGUACAACCAGCGGUCACGGGCUCAAAUACCGCUGACACGGCUGCUGCCGCAGCGGAUGCCGUGGUGGCCCAGCUGGCCCGGCUCUCUAUUCAGGCUUCGCCUACGCAAAAACGUUUGGCUUUUGAGGAAGAGGAGGAGGACGAGGACGUCCUCGAGGGCAGCAGCACCAGUCCCGGCUCUUCGAAUGCUCCGACUAGAAGCGCGACCAAUGCCGCCGCAGGUGAGAGCAUCGCGACGGCCAACUGCGGUAGAUGGGGCUCGGCCUUUCGCCCACUCAGUGCAGGUCGGGGCAGAGGAGCCCACGCCGCCCACUGUGGCCAUGCCGCCGCCAAUCGAUGGAGCAGCGGUGGUCGUGUUGCGUCGCUGAGUGGGCUGCAACUGCUGCGGUCCCGCAAGCGUUGUCUGGAGGAGAUGGAAUCAUCCGACACGGGGGCGAGUGCACCAUGCACCCCUGUCAACAGCACGGCGCGUCCAACCGGCACAACGAACUUCGUUGAUGACGCAGGUUGUAGUGAUGCUGAUGCCGUGAAAAGGUCUGUGUCACAGGACGGCUGGAAGCGGCAGAAGCGAGAGGAGCAACGCUAUCAGCGACAGCAGCGCCUCCUUCCGGGCGAGGGCAACGCAGAGGAUCUCAUUCCGGCUCCGAUGCGGGCCGGCGCGGCAGCAUCUGUGUGCUCCUCUGCGUCCUUCCGCGCACUUCAGCUGAACGCCGGUUCGCAGGAGGUCGGUCCGCCGCCACAGCCUCUGCUGGUGCACGGCGACGCUACGAAUUGGAGCCAGCUCAGCAGCAUCACUUACGUCACGCCAGCCUCACAAAGCUGCUCGACGGGGAUGAUGGGCAUACUCAGCUACUCUUCGCUGAGCCAGCGCGAAGGCUGCCCUGAUGCGGGGAAUAAUGCUCCCGCUGCCUGCUCCCAGGUGCUUUCGCCGUUGCCAACCAACGUAACGCGGCGCUAUCCAAAUAUGAAGCAUUAA